CUAAAUAAUUUCAUCAUCCCUAUCUUAUCGACUUCCAUUCUGAGCCAAAGGAAAGUAAGGGCUGUAUUUUGGCAUUUUCUUCGUCUUCGCAGAGGCAAUGGGCAGGAAAUUCUUCGUCGGCGGCAACUGGAAAUGCAAUGGAACGACAGAGGAGGUUAAGAAAAUUGUUGCAACUCUGAAUGAUGGGAAGGUUGCCUCACAGGAUGUUGUUGAGGUUGUUGUAAGUCCUCCUUUUGUGUUUCUCCCUCUUGUGCAAAGUUUGUUGCGCCCUGACUUUCAUGUUGCUGCUCAAAAUUGCUGGGUGAAGAAAGGAGGUGCGUUCACUGGUGAGGUCAGUGCGGAGAUUCUGGUGAAUUUAGGUAUUCCCUGGGUAAUUGUUGGCCAUUCUGAAAGGAGGGCUUUACUUGGUGAAUCCAAUGAGUUUGUGGGAGAUAAAGUUGCAUAUGCUCUCUCUCAAGGUUUGAAAGUGAUUGCUUGUGUUGGUGAGACUCUUGAGCAACGAGAAGCAGGCUCAACUGUGGAUAUUGUUGCUGCACAAACAAGGGCUAUUGCAGAAAGGAUUUCUGAUUGGAAAAAUGUAGUUAUUGCCUACGAGCCAGUUUGGGCCAUUGGAACCGGCAAGGUUGCAACUCCUUCUCAGGCCCAAGAGGUUCACUUUGAACUGCGGAAGUGGCUCAAGGAAAAUGUGAGUGCUGAAGUUUCUGAAUCUACCAGGAUCAUUUAUGGAGGUUCUGUAAAUGGGGCGAACUCCAAGGAAUUGGCCGCACAGCCUGAUCUUGAUGGAUUCCUUGUUGGCGGCGCUUCUUUGAAGCCUGAAUUCGUGGAUAUUAUCAACUCUGCCACAGUGAAGUCCAGCUAGGUGAUUUUGAGCUCUUCGCCAUCACCUCACUUUCUUAAGGCUUUACGGCCAAAUAAUAUUUUCUCCUGAAACUAUCUUUUUUUUGUUUUGUUACUUAAAGCUAUUUAUCUUCUAUUUUGAGUGCAUGUAGCCCAAACCAUUAUAGCUACAAAUUAUUGUAAUAACAAACGUGUGAGUAAUAUCGAACCACUUAAUUUUUCUGGCUGAGUUGAA